AUGCCUAUGCAAUACAGACCAGCUGCUGAGGGGAGAGAAGUAAAACCAUCCGGUAUCCCAUCGCCAGGAAACAAUGCCUACUUGAGUGACGUUUUCACUUCUAAUGCUCCAGAAGAUAAAAAGAUUUCAUGUGGUUUUUUCAGACUCGAAAAAGGUGAAGCAUUGACUUAUAACUAUACUUAUGACGAGAUGAAGAUCUUCUUAGAAGUUGAAGGUGAAUACACCUUAACUGACGAAACCGGAUUCAAGGUAAAUGUUUCACAAGGCGACGUGUUUUAUUUCCCAAAGGGAUCAACCAUCACUUUUGAAACUACCGGUUAUGGUUUGGCCUUUUUUACAGGAUCGAGACCAAAUGGCGCUUCAUAG